AUGAAAAUCCCACGCUUAGGCGGCCAAUCUCCGACAGCCAUAAAACGCAUGAAGCCGGCCUUGCAAAAGUGGAGCUUGGCGAUUUGUUUGAUCCGAUAUCUAUCUGCAUCGUGGAUAUACACAGGUUCUCACAUUGAUUAUGCGGAUUUUAGGAUGUUAUUACGACAUUUAGUGGCUCCUAUAGUUGCCUGCCUCUAUGGAAUGAUCCCUCCACAAAGCGCUGAAUAUGCACUUGUCAAAUUUGUAAUGGAUCCACAGUCAGAUACUCAUUUGAGCGAAAGUGGGGAGUUGGGUGGUUUAAGUGAAGUUUGCAAUGGCAGCGUGUCUGGGAGGAUAGAAGCUUUUAAUUGUCUUGCUGGAGAUAUGGAUGAAAACAGACUUUUGAUUUCCAGCUUCUUAUGUGAUUCUUAUGUGAUUCAUACAUUUGGGCCAAUAUACAAUGUGGAAGAGAACCCUCAAGCCUCUUUGAAAAAUGCCUACAGGUAUCUUUAUGAUGAAGUUGCAGCUUACGCCUUAUCUAUAAUCAAGGAAUUUGCAGGGGGCUUUGAAAAGAAAAGAGAUUUAACGGAUGAGAAUGAUACCAAGAGAGAAGAAAAUUUUUUAAUCAUGGAGAAGAGCAGAACUAAAAAGGAAAAUGAGAGGAAGCAACUGGAUAGGAGAAAGAGCUCAGGCGGUUGCAUGAAAAGGUAG